GCGCCAUUUUCUGGUGCCCAUAGAAGGGCAAAGCGGCACCAGAAAAAUGGCCGCCGGGAAGAAGCGAAUUUAAGGGAGAAUGCCGGGAUUUAUCACCAAACGGGAGACCGCCGGGAAACAGUAAGAAAAAAGGGGUUUUCCCGGCGGAUACGGGAUACUUGGCAGCUAUGAUCCCACCCCUCCUCCCUCCAACACCCUGGCUCAUCCCUGUGUUUCGGUAGGACACCCUUCUGUUUUCCCUGGGGAGUGUUGUCCCCUCCCCCCUGUAUCUCCAUACAUUGGCCCCUGUGCAUUCAUUGUGAACAUUUAUAUAUAUAUAUUUAGAUUAAAUUUUUUUUGAAAUAAACAUGAGAAGCAGAAGUUUUUUUUAUUUAAUUUUAUUUUUGGGGUUGUCAUUUAUUUUGGUGGGUAUUGUAUGAUUUGGGCAUUGUUGUGUGUUUUGGUUUUGUGUGUGUGUGUGUGUGUGUUUUGUUAUUUGGAUUUUCUAAUUUUGGAGUAGGUGACCCAGAGAACCUAGAUAACUACUUUAAUAAUUCCGACCGGGUGGGGAGCGGAAUCAAAUAGUGAAGACCCACAGCCCUGUAGCAACAGAAGGCGAGUUCCAAAGCACCCGAGCUGUUUGGUUCCAUAAAAAACCCAGGAAGUGGCAAGGGGAAGGUAGGAGAUUGUAAAUGGGGGGGGGGGGUUGGCCACUGCAAAUAUCCGAGGACUUAAACUGGGGAGAGAAAGUGCAUGGUUGUUGUUUUUUAAAGACGCAGAGGCUUGCAAUCAGUCAUAGUAUAAAGCGUAGGUUAAAAGGGGCAUGAGUGCCCUUACUUAAAAUGGCCGCCGGAGCCUCGCAUGUGACACAAAGCCCACUAAAUUCUAAAGUAAAAACCCCUUGCCGUGCCCCCAAAUGUGUUGCUGUGGGUUAUUUCCCACCCCCCGGCCUAGUGGGGGCCUGGCAGGGGCCUAUAUAAAACAAAGGCCGUGCUGUGGCCUGCGAUCCAUGCACUUGCCCCCCCUGGGCCUAGUGGGGGCCUGGCGGGCUGGCAGGGGCCUACAUAAAACAAAGGCCGUGCUGCGGUCUGCGACACGGGCGCUCCCCCUCCCCCCGGGCCUAGUGGGGGCCUGGCAGCCUGGCAGGGGGCUACAUAAAACAAAGGCCGUGCUGCGGCCUGCGAUCCGGGCGCUCCCCCUCCCCCCGGGCCUAGUGGGGGCCUGGCAGCCUGGCAGGGGGCUACAUAAAACAAAGGCCGUGCUGCGGCCUGCGAUCCGGGCGCUCGCCCUCCCCCCCGGGCCUAGUGGGGGCCUAGCAGCCUGGCAGGACCUAGGGGUCUGGUAAUGGCCGCCUUGGUGGUUUCAGUUGCUUGGUUGAUGAUGUCAUUAUUUGGUUUGUGGGUGUGGUGUAGAUUUUGCAGGAAGGGAGGGGGUGUACUGUGGGAGGAAUUCCACUUGAGGGCGCUGUUUUACUUGGUGGAAAAGCAGGUUUCUACCUGCACAGGUGUAAGAUUUGAGGGUGUUUUUUUUCCUGCAAACACUCGGGGAGUGGCAUGGAUCGUUGUGUCCAAAUUUCAGGACGAUCGGUCAAGAGGUUACGGAGAAAAGUGGAGCCCACACUUUCACGAUUUUUACAUUUAUAUAUAUAUAUAUAUAUAUAUCUAUAUAAAGAUAGAUGAGACCUCUGGUUCAUCUGACCCAGUACUAUCUGCUUUGACUGGCAGUGGUUCUCCAGAGAUUCAGCAUUGCAUCUUUUUAACUGGAGAUACUGAAGACUGGAUCUGGGGCCUCCUGCAUACAAAAUGUGCUCAGCCAUCAAAACUGCUGUCACAUCUUGUAUAGUUUCCAGGUAUGCAUUUCUAUUAAUAGUACAGUGUGGCUAUGUUAUCUGCAGUGCAAUGUACUGCUUUGUCCUCCUAAUAACUUUGCAGUUAUGCCUUCCCAACUCUACUCCAUAAUACUGUCUUUCCUUCCACUUCUGACCAACUUCUGUUUUCUUUCUUUCUCCCAGAAAACAAAAAAAUGUUUGGCUGAUCUAGGGGCAUUGGUUCUGGGGAGCUACAUAACCGAAGCCACAGCUGGUGAAUAUGAUGCUUCUGGGGUAGAUGGAGCCCAGUUGGAUGAGGAAGGCAGGAAUCUCGCCUGGUCUUUAUUGAUGUACUCAUUUAAAACCAUCUUCAGCCUUCUUGCCAUAAUAUUGGCAAAAAAAUUGUAAUCCACAAUCAACAAAGAGAUUGGUAUGUACUUUUUAAUUUGAGCUUGGUCUGUAUCAGGUUUAGGGAUCAGAGUAAUGAAUGCAUCCUUCUAGGUCUCAGGUGCAAUAUUUUGUUGGAAACAUCCAUCAAAGGUUGGAUUAGCCAAUCCUUCAGCCUUUUAUAAUACUUGUCAGUUAAACCAUCCGGGCCUGGGGCUUUGCCAGUUUCCAUUUGGCCAAUAGCCAUUUCAACUUCUUGUCUCGAAAUCAGGUCAUUGAGUAGAGCCUUUUUCUCCAUGGGAAUUUUCUGCAGUCCUUUUAAUUCCAAAAAUUGUUUUAUCUUAUCAUUGUCCUCUUUUUCUCUUUUAUACAAAUGUUUAUAAUAUUUCUGAAAGUUUCUUCUAAUCUCUGCUGGGUUCUCAAUAGAUUUUCCUUUGACCACUAUUUGAGUUAUGGUAUUUUGCUUCUGUCUCUUUUUCAAUUGCCAAGCCAACAGUUUUCCACAUUUGUUAGCAAAUUCAAACAAUCUUUGUUUCAUCAUAUUCACUUUCCAUUCUUUCUCCUGGUUAAUAAUCUGUGAAAACAGUUUUCAUUUGAGCCCCAUUGGUGCUUUUUAUCAGGCUCCUAAUCUCCAUUAGCUUUGUUGUUGUCACGGGGGGCUGCCUGAAACCCCAAAUGUCUCCCUGAAAGUUUUGUAUGCCCUCCCAAGGCUUGCUGAUGAUUACAAUUUCUUACUUCCCCUUCACCCCAGGGUCCCAGGGCAGGUUACAGCAAUUAAAACCCAAUGUUAAAACCAGUUUGAAACAAAAUUUCAGAAAUAAGGUGAGUCCUAAAAACAUACAAGUGUCAAAGAGAGGUGAAUUGAGCGUUCACCAAACUGUGCCAGAUGCCCCUCUGUGGAGAACUUAGGGGCUAACACAGAGAAGGCCCUAUCCUGAAAACGCCCCCACCCAGAGCUUCUGAAGGCAGUGGAACAACCAAGAGGCCUUCUGUGGGAAGGAGGUGGUCUUUCAGAUAUUUGAGGCCUGAAUCAUUUAGAUCCCUCCUUAGAGGACUGAAUGGCCCCCGUUAAGAGGUCAUUUGGGCUUGGCUAUGCACAGGUUCUCUUCUUGUCACACAAUCGUAGCCCACUGGCAUCUCAAGCUGUUCCUUUGGCUUUCUUGUUAGGUCUUCAUAUAUCGCCUGUUCAGUAAGGGAGACCAACCCUGGAGGAUCUGCAUGGAGGAUAUCAGGAACGCAUUUAUUUUAGUCUUGGAGACCAGAGUCCGGAAGCAGCUGAAGCCCUGUGCAGUCUUUGAGCGCACACAUAGAGAGGUACUCAAACUGCUGGGUUCUAAAGCCAGAUUUCAGACUGCCCACCAAAGAGGAGAUAAGAGCAAUGGUACCUAUUACAGCAUGAUCUCUGCCGAACAGCACUUGAAGGUGAGCCUUUGUCUUUUGUGAAUAGCCUCAAACCUUGUUGGUUGCCUUCACACUCUAUAAGAUACUUGAGAACUACAAGGACAUCUUGCUUCUGCCAACCUCCACCAGCGGGAGAAUGAUAAAGGCAGAGUGUAGGUUGCAAAACAUGACAGCCACUGUGGCAUAGUGGUUAGAAUGGUUAGACCAGGACCUGGGAGGCCAGGGUUCAAAUCCGCACUCAGCCAUGAAGCUCACUGGGUGACCUUGAGGCUGAAAUAUUUUGGCUGGCCCAUCUAUCUCACAGGGUUGUUGGGAGAAUUAAAUGAGGAAAGGGAGAACCUUGAGCUCCUGUUUUGGGAGGGGGGAGAAAGUGUGAUAUGAGCACAAUAAGUUUAAAUGCAAAUAAAUGUACAGUCAUACCUCGUGCUAUGUUUGCUUCACGUUGUGGCUUUUCAGGUUACGAACGCGGCAAACCCAGAAGGGUUUACUCCAGUUUCACUGCAUGCGCAGAAGCGCUCUAUUCUGCAUGCGCAGAAGCGCAUUCUCCAUGCUAAACAUGCCCGGCUCCCUAAGCCGUUCCUCAUAUGAAUGGUGACUGAAAUGACUAUGUGUGCAUGGGGAGAAUGAGUAUGCAAGGGGCCAUAGGGAUGUGUGGACGGAUGGAAGCAGGUAAGAGCAGGCAGAUGGAGACUCUUCCAAUUUCAGCUUUGGCUCCUCCCCAUUGUCAGUAGACACUUCCACACCAGUUUCUCUCAGGGAAAUCAAACCUUUGACUUAAAAGUUUACUGCCUCUGCAGUAGAGCAAAUGAUGCCUAGCUGUUAAAUGUUGAGAAAGGAAAGCUGAGGAUGGCGGAAACAUAGUACACAUGAAUGGAAGAUUCCAUGUGAGAAUGGGGGGGGGGGGGGCAGACUGAAAAAGCUUCCUCUAGUUUAUCAUAUGGCACUCACUUUUCCAGUGGCCGACUUUGUUCAAAUGCAAAAUGCUUUUGAGGUCCUUAUUUGAACUGCAGCUUAGCCACCUUCUGAAGGAUGACAAACCUACUCAAAGGAGAGCAAUAUUCUUGGAGCCAUCUGCAGGUGACCUGGGGGAUAAAACAGGCUCCGGUAACUCUAUUGUGGCAACCUCUUUUCUGUCCUGUUGUGCAGCAAUCCAGCAAAGUGAAAGUAGCAGAGAUUCAGGUGCGGGAUCCUGUGCAGUGAGACCCAGAGGCCUUGUGUUCUUCAAGAGAAUAUGCCAAAUAGACAUAGACAACAAAGACAGCACGAUGUCGCAUGAGGCAGCAGGGGAGAUUUCACAUGCCAUGGAAUAUAGCAGUGCCAGGUAACCAUAGACAAGUGUGCUGUUGGAGCCAUUAAGGAGUGUUUGGUUGGCUCAAAAGCAGGUUGGCUGUGCCCAGUUCAGGUGACUCUUAUGAGCUGCCUUUGAGUUGUGGGCCUCCCUGUUGUUUACUGCUCUUCUGUUUACUGGUUACACUUUCAUACCGCCCACCCAACCAACUUCUCUGGGCAGUCUGCUCAUAAAAGAAAAUACGAAAUGCAGUACACCAUUAAACUCUAAAACCAAAGUGGGGGUUGGGGAGGGAAGUCACACAACAAGAAACAGCCCAGCAAAAAACAACAACAAACAUCUAAAAUUAAAGUAAAGCACAGCAACUAAAACAAUUUAAACAAUUCAUUUCUCAAUUGCUGCAAUAUCAGAACUUUAGUAGUAACCCGCAUGAGCCAAUCCUGGCUUUUUUGUAGAUGUGAUUUAUAAGCCUAGUCAUGAGCAGGACUAGUCUUCCCUUUUCUUUAAACAUUUAUGUGGAUUAGUUCUUGAACAUACAUAAAAAUAGAAAGUGCGGCAGCACACGUUCAUCUCAUGAGGGGAGUAAUAAUCUCAUUCCUGCAUUGCAGAGGUUUGGACUAGAUGAGCCUUGGGGUCCCUUCCAACUCUGCAAUUCCGUGAUUCUAUGAUGUUGCCAUGCAGGAUUAAACCUAUGCAUUGUUAUUUCAGUUGCCUUAGAGCACUGCUCAUGAAAGGUUCAUUCUGAUGCUAAAAUGUUCUGUCUCUUAACACCAUUUUCAUCUGAUUCUGCCUGCAAUGCUUGCAUAACCACCUUCCACACAGGAAUUUUGCCUCUGAUGGGUGCAGUCUUGAGUGGUAGGGUUGCGGUGGUAUUGCUGCACCAGAGUAGAACUCAUAUAUCAUAUAUCCUCACCGGAGUAGAAAUGAUAUAUCGAACAGAUGGAAAGCUCUUCAAUCUGAGCAGGCUGAAAGCAAAAAGUAAGGUUACCGUAACUUCUGUCAUAGAGCUUCAGUAUGCUGAUGACAACGUAGUGUGUGCACGCUCAGAGGAUGACCUCUGAACCAUCCUAAAUAUCUUUGCAGAAGCUUACGAAAAGCUUGGCCUAUCACUCAACAUCCAAAAAACCAAAGUGCCGCACCAACAAGUACAAAACAACCCCUCUGCAGCGCCACAAAUCCAACUCAGUGGUGUAACGUUGGAAAAUGUUGAUCACUUCUCCUACCUUUCCACAGGGACCAACAUUGAUGCCGAAAUACAGCAUCGCCUGAGCUCUGUGAGUGCGGCUUUCUCCCGAUUGAAGGGCAGAGUAUUUGAGGACCGGGACAUUCGCAGGGAAACAUUCGCAGGGAAAGCUAUUGUACUACCAACCUUACUAUAUGCUUGUGAAACAUGGACCACUUAUAAACGCCAUCUCCAACUCCUUGAAAGAUUCCAUCAGUGGGGUGUCUGAAAUUUUUUACACAUCACUUGGGAAGACAGGGGAACUAAUAUCAGUAUACUGCAAGAAGCAAAGAUCACCAGUGUUGAAGCAAUGAUUCUUCAACCUCAACUUUGUUGGACUGGCCAUGUUGUGCGUAUGCCUGAUGAUCAUCUUCCAAAGCAACUGCUCUAUUCUGAACUUAAAAAUGGAAGGUGUAAUGCUGCAUAGCUGCCAAGUUAUCCCUUUUUUUAAAGGGAUUUUCCCUUAUGCUGAAUAGGCUUCCUCGCGAGAAAAGGGAAAACUUGGCAGCUAUGAUGCUGGUGGUCAACAAAAGAGGUUUAAAGACUGUCUCAAGGCAAAUCUUUAAAAAUGUAGUAUAAACACUGACAACUGGGAAACACUGGCCUGCGAGCGCUCCAGUUGGAGAACAGCCUUUACCAAGGUGUCAUGGGCUUUGAAGAAACUCGAUCUCAGGACGCAAGGGAGAAACGUGCUAAGAGGAAGGCACGCUUGGCAAAUCCACACCGUGAUCAACUCCUGCCUGGAAACCAAUGUCCCCACUGUGGAAGGAUGUGUGGAUCCAGAAUUGGCCUCCACAGUCACUUACGGACCCAUUGUUAAAAUCAUGUUUAUGGAAGACAAUCUUACUCGGCUACGAGUGAUUGCUAAAGAAGAAGAAGAAGAAGAAGCUGCACCAGAUGCACACCUUGAGGUUACUGAAGAUUUCCUGGCAACGUAUCAUGCUAACUACGGCUUUCCCACUGAAAGUUCAGAUAAUUCAUCUGCAUCUCUUACAAAGACUGAAUCUAAAACUCCUAAAGAUUCAAAGAAUACCAAGAUCCAGCAGCCAACAGAUCCAAAAGCAUCUCAGGCAACAGAUCUUAAACAAAGAGGAGAGAAAAGAAAACCUGAUGCAGGAUGGUUUCAUGUUGAAGAACAGAGAAACACAAAUGUAUAUGUGACAGGUUUACCACCAGACAUUACAAAAGAUGAGUUUGCGCAGGUUAUGUCAAAAUGUGGUAUUGUUAUGCGUGAUCCGCAAACAGAGGAGCCUAAAAUUAAACUUUACAAAGACAAAGAAGGAACUCUUAAAGGAGAUGGGCUCUGCUGCUACUUAAAGAGAGAAUCUGUUGAACUAGCAUUAAAACUAUUGGAUGAAAAUGAAAUUAGAGGCUACAAAUUGCAUGUGAAAGUUGCACAGUUUCAACCGAAGGGGGAGUACGAUGCCAGCAAGAAGAAGAAGAAAUGCAAAGACUACAAGAAGAAGCUGUCUCAACAACAAAAACUGCUUGAUUGGAGACCGGAGAAGAAAGAUGGCAGUGUUCGAAUGCGGCACGAGCGUGUUAUCAUUAUCAGGAACAUGUUCCACCCAAGUGAUUUUGAGGAAGAUCCUUUAGUGCUAAAUGAGAUAAGAGAAGAUCUUCGGACAGAAUGUGAAAAGUUUCGACAAGUAAAGAAAGUCAUUCUAUUUGAUAGGCACCCAGAUGGUGUUGCUUCUGUGUCAUUUAAAGAAGCAGAAGAAGGAGAUGUCUGCAAACAGGCACUCGACGGGCGAUGGUUUGGUGGACGUCAGCUCUCUGUGGAGACAUGGGAUGGUGUAACAGAUUAUCAGGUCGAGGAGACUUCAAGAGAAAGGGAAGAGAGACUGAAGGGUUGGCAGAAGUUUUUAGGUGAUCCAAAUACAGAAAUGCCGAAAACAGCAUCUGACGCAGAUUCUUCGGAAGCUGGUGUCCAGCUCCCAGAAGGAGUUCAGCCAUCUAAAGAUAAUAGUGCAUCUGAGGGUGGCCCAAAGGGUGAAGCAUCUGAGAGAGGAGAUAAUGACGAGGGUACCAACGAAGAUGUCACAGCAUCCACAGACAGCAGCGUUGCAGGCAGUGACGAGGAAGCAGAGACAUAAUGUCUUUAACUCAUUUGUAAAAGCAUGUAUGUAGGGUAACCUUUAGACCUCUCUUAUCCUGUGCUUCGAAGCAACUGCAGGCAGCAUUCAAAUGAAUAUAUAUGCAUUACCCUGUUAAGAUAUCAUCAGUGUGUUUUUGAGGUGUUUCAUUAAAAGCAGCAUUUAAUGAUCAUAUGCUGCUGCUGUCCAAGCUGUGUGUAUGUGUCCAUAAGUUGCCAAGAACCUGCUGAACUGACCAGCUGUCUUACAUUAUACCUUUGCUUUUGUCAGUGUUCAAAGUCCAUCAUUGUAAGCAGGUACAAACUUGCAGUUCCUAUUAACUAUACAAUGACCUUUAGAAUUACAGAGGUAUGAAUGUUUUUAAUUUUUUUGCUCACAGUUUCCUAAAUGCCCCAAUCUUUGGGUGAUACAGUACUUUUUGGAUGAGCUGGCUUUCCUGAUACUAUGCACUUUUAAAAUAACAGAUCACUCAGAAUACAUUACAGUAUUGGCACCCUGUACAUGUAGCUGGGGAGUGCAAAAAAUAAUGUAUCACCUGCAAUUAAUAAAGAUAAAUCUUCUGAAAGUACUCUCCUGGGAUGCAAUGUUUUAGAUGACUGAAGUUCCCCAUUCAUUUUAAAUCCUGAUUAGAUUAGAUGGCAAAUAGGAAAGAUGUGUAAAAAAGACUAACAUCUCUGUUUAAAAUUUUUUGAUGAUAAAUUCAUAUUGGAAACAAAGCGAGAGCUUCUGUGGUGGAAGUGUGAUUCUUUGCUUCAUAUUAAUGUGUUCAAAUGUAGUUUGGUUUCAGGCAUUUGUCAAGGGCGAUGAACAUAUAGUGCCUGUUCUCUUUGUAUACUUGGUUUUACUACAGGAGACUACAAACAAAGUUGUUUUGCGAUUCCCUCUCAAAAUUGUGGCUCAGAUUUUUAAAGACAGAUGUUUGUUUACAGAUGCAAACCAUUCAGAACUAGCAAACAUUUGUGUUUUGGUUUUAAAUGUACCUGAUUUCCAAAUGUUGUAUAUAAAAUUAUUUUCCAAUAUCAUUUUUAACAAGAUCUAUCAAAUCAACUGCACUAAAAACCACCAAACUGUUACUAUUUUUAAGCUCAAUUCAUACAUAAUGAGGAACCAUGAACUUCUGUGAUGAGAAUGAGAAGCAGUGGGCUUCUUCCUCUUAAUGUUUAUCAUACCUGUUUUGUAUUUGGGAAUAGGGGAUUAUGUUUUUAAAAUUAAAGAGAGAUUAAAUUUGCAUCA